GCCCGCCCCCCCGCUCGGUUGCCGUGGUUGCAGACCGGGCCCGCCUGCUAGCCCGCUGACAGCGAGGCUUAGGGCCGAGGGAAGCGGGUCGGUGGGUCCUUCGGUAACUAGGCUCCCGCGGCAGGGCCAGCGCGGAGCCGUUGCUAUGGCAGCUGCUGCCGGAGGCGCGGACGACGAACCUCGCUCCGGCCGUUCGAGCUCGGAUGGCGAGUGCGCGGUGGCGCCAGAGCCGUUGACCGGCCCCGAGGGCCUCUUCUCCUUCGCAGACUUCGGGUCUGCGCUGGGCAGCGGCGCAGGCCUCUCGGGCCGGGCGUCCGGCGGGGCCCAGUCCCCGCUGAGAUACCUCCACGUCCUGUGGCAGCAGGACGCGGAGCCUCGCGAUGAGCUGCGGUGUAAGAUCCCCGCCGGCCGGCUGAGGCGCGCCGCCAGGCCCCAUCGCCGGCUUGGGCCCACGGGCAAAGAGGUGCACGCUCUGAAGAGGCUGAGGGACUCUGCCAAUGCCAACGACGUGGAAACAGUGCAGCAGCUGCUGGAAGAUGGCGCGGACCCCUGUGCAGCUGACGACAAGGGCCGCACUGCUCUCCACUUUGCCUCCUGCAACGGCAAUGACCAGAUUGUGCAGCUGCUCCUGGACCACGGAGCUGACCCCAACCAGCGAGAUGGGCUGGGGAACACGCCACUGCACCUGGCGGCCUGCACCAACCACGUCCCUGUCAUCACCACUCUGCUGCGAGGAGGGGCCCGCGUGGAUGCCCUGGACCGGGCUGGCCGCACGCCCCUGCACCUGGCUAAGUCAAAGCUCAGCAUCCUGCAGGAAGGCCAUUCCCAUUGCCUCGAGGCUGUGCGGCUGGAGGUGAAGCAGAUCAUCCAGAUGCUGCGGGAGUACCUGGAGCGCCUGGGGCGGCAUGAGCAGCGCGAGCGGCUGGACGACCUCUGCACCCGCCUCCAGAUGACAAGCACCAAGGAGCAGGUGGAUGAAGUGACCGACCUCCUGGCCAGCUUCACCUCCCUCAGCCUGCAGAUGCAGGACAUGGAGAAGAGGUAGCGAGAGGCUCCCCGCCCUCCCGCUCCGCCGCCACCCCACUGCCCCUGCGCUCUCAUCACAGAGGAAAAGCCCGGUGCCUCGCCCCCCAGCUGCUGCAGAUGCUCCCCCACCGACCUCGGAGCCACUCCCUGCCGGGGUCUGUAGCGUCUCUGUGGGCCGGGACCACAGCCCCGGCUUCCUCCUUCGGCUCCCUCGGCACCGCAGCCACACCUCGGCUCUGGCCAACACGCGAUGUCCUAGCAGGCCCCCCUCGCCUCCCUGGCACCCCCAGCCCACCCCAGACCCUUCCCUGUGUCCCCUGGUUGCAGCCAGCAAGAUUGGGCUUCGGGCAGGCACCCUGUGGCCUAGGGGGCCUCUCGGCCGGCCCCGUACUUCUCACCAGCAUUUAGAUUUAGACUGGCCACCCGACUUGUGAGGAGACGUGGCAGUGAGUUGGAAGGGGAGGGCUGGUGGGGCCUAGACCUUAGAGACACGAGGCCAGCAAGGACCCGACUGAACCCAAAGCAGAAAACCCCCAGCCCUUUUUCUCCCAAUCACUGAAACCCCAGAAGGGCGUAGCCAUUCUGCAGCCUCGUUGUAGCAGGCUGAGGAGUGGCCCCCAGGAUGGCCAUGUUUGAAUCCCAAGAAGCUGUGGACAUUACCUUCGAUGACAAAAGGGACUUUGCAGAUGUAAUUAAGGGUCUUCAGACAAGGUGACUAUCCUGGAUUGUCUAGGCGGGCCUGAUAUAAUCACAGGAUCCCUAUUAGAGGGAAGCGGAUCAGUGAGGAGAUACGGUGAUGGCGACGGAGGUGAUGGUGACAGAAGCAAGAGGUUGGAUGAAUGCGAUGAAGAAGGGGUCACAGGCCAAGAAAUGCAGGCAGCCUCCAGAUGCUGGAAGAGGCAAGGAGAUGGCUUCUUCCUUCAGAACUUCCAGAAGGAACCAGCCUGCUGACACCUUGACUUUAGCCCAGUUAGACAGAUUUAGUCUGACUACCAGAACUGUAAGAGAAUAAAUUUGUGUUGUUUUAAGCCACUAAA